UCCACCCACGAAGAACAUCGACACUGGUUUGAGGGAUUCAGACAUGGACGAAUCCGACAACUACUCGUACUUUGACUACAACCUGACAACGGACACCUGCGAUGUCGAGGAGCUGGACAUGCAGGUGUUUCAGAACAUAUUCAAGCCGGUCUUUUACAGUUUGAUCCUCGUGUUGGGCGUCGCGGGAAACGGCCUGAUGGUCACGGUCCUGCUGAGACGCCGCCACCGCCUGCGCAUCACCGAAAUCUACCUGCUGCACCUGGCUGUGGCUGACCUCAUGCUCCUGUGCACGCUCCCCUUCGACGUCGCCCACACUAUCCACGGGUGGCUGUUCGGGAACUUCCUGUGCAAGCUAAUGGGCCUGGUGCAGAACCUCAACCUCUUCUGCGGAAGUUUCCUCCUCGCUUACAUCGGAUUCGAUCGGUAUUUGGCCAUCGUUCACGCCAUUCCCAGCAUGCAGAGUCGACGCACCCAAACCGUCCACCUGACCUGUGUUCUGCUGUGGUUGGUUUGUUUGGGGUUUUCCAUACCCAACGCCGUGUUCCUCAAGGUCAAGGAUGAGGCCCCGAACUCGUCUCUAUCGCGUGUUUCCUGCUACUACCACGAAGAAAACAUCCACGCAAACAACUGGGUUCUGACCAACAGAGUCCUAAUCCACGCCUGCUUCUUUUCCUGCCUGGUUGUGAUGACCUACUGCUACACGGCGAUAGUGGGGACUUUGUUCAAGAGUCAGAAAAGUCAAUCCAAACAAGGGGCCAUUCGUCUGGCGCUGCUGGUCACGCUGGUCUUCUGCUUUUGUUGGCUCCCCUACAACAUCGCCCUGCUGAUGAUUACCAUGGACGACUUGAGCGUCAUUCAGGAUAUCAACUGUCCGUUCAGAAUCUCGCUGAAAUCCGCCAAAAUUGUGACGGAGACUCUGGCUUUCUGUCACUGCUGCCUGAAUCCUUUCCUCUACGCCUUUGUCGGGGUGCGGUUUCGUAACGAACUGAUCCAGUUGCUUUGUGAAGUGGGCUGCAGCCGCCUUUGUCUGCCUUUCAUCAGAGCUCAGGGUCACAGUCGAGCAUCGAUUUCUGACGGAUUAACAACCACCAGCACCUUCUAACAAAACCCAGAACUACUGCGUGUCGGCUGUAAAUAAACCGCUGCUUUUCUGUUUUGCAGUGAUUCACUUACACUGGUGGGAAAUGGAGUUUCCAUUUUAUUACAUAUACUGACAAUAGUGUCCAUCGCUACUUUGAUCGAUUUCUAUUUGCUCUAAAAACUGCUGAGGUCGACUGAAAUGUGUUCUUGUGUAUUUGCUACUGAAUAAAGGUUUCAUAUAUUACACAC